UCCCAACUCCGCCCAACACAAGGCUAUGUCGGACAUCAUCCUGCCACCCAGGAAGAUUCUCCUGGUAGUUACUGGAGGAGGCUACACCCAUGCCGCUCCGGUUCUUGAACUGGGGAAGGUCCUGGCCAACCGAGGGCACGUAGUUGACUUCGCAACGCUCGAUGGCCAAGAGGAAUGGGCCAGCGGCUUCCAAAUCUCGUCGACGCAUCUCAUGGGGCCUGGGCCGACAGAGGAACAGCUUGAUGCGCACUACAUGCGCAGCCGGCUCUGGGAUCCGGCCAGAGGUUUAGGCGAUGUCAUGGAGUCCAAGUACCUCUUCGACUCUCUGUGGACACAAUCCUAUUAUGGACUGAAAACUAUCAUGGAUGAUCCUGCUACGCGGCCGGACAUGCUGGUUGCUGACUUCUUCGUUGACGCAGUCAAGGACAUCCAACUGGAAUACAAGGUCCCCAUUGCUAUUGUCUGGCCACAGAUGCCCUACUUGAUGGUUCCCUGCUCGUAUAUCCCCGGCCAGCCGGGCUUCCAACUCGAUAUGACCUUAACCUCGGAGAAUGCGUCAAUAUGGUCGCGCAUCAACAAUGAACUUGUUGUCGUGCGGGCCUUGCCUGAGGUGUUUAAACUGAGGAACUGGACCAGAGCCAUGCGCAAGCGAGCGGGUCUGAAUUACCUUCUUCCAACGCCAAAGAAACCUGAUUAUCUACUUCUAGUCAACUCUUUCUUCGGUCUCGAAGUGCCCAAAGACCUUCCUCCCUUGGUCUCAGCAGUCGGACCAAUAUUAGCAGAUGAGUAUCCUCUAUUGGACGCGCCCCACCAGGAGUUCCUUGACCGCCACCCAAAGACCAUAUAUAUUGCCUUGGGGACGCAUAUCAUCCUUCCCCACGCAGAUGCUCGGAAGAUUCUUCAAGGACUUAUCCAAGCCAUGGAAGAAGGCGUUAUUGACGGCGUAAUUUGGUCAGUGGGUAGGAGCGGACGGCAGCUGUUCGACAAUGCGGAAUCCUUCACUAUUCAAGGCAAGACAAUUAGCUUCGGAGACCUUCUCGAAGGGUUACACGCCGACUGGAAGUUCCCUUUCUUUGCACCACAACGGUCGAUCCUGGAUCAUCCCCAUACCCGCAUCUAUUUCACCCACGGAGGUGGGUCCAGCGCCAACGAAGGCCUCUAUCAUGGCAAACCGAUGCUAGUUAUGUCAUUCUACUUCGACCAGAUCGGUAAUGCGGCAAAACUGGCCGGAAACGGAACGUCGGAGCUGCUACACAAGUUCCGUUUCACGGCCGAUGAACUCUACUCCAAGACAAAAUUGAUCAUGGAAGAUCGUGACGGGUGCUAUGCGCGCAAUGUGCAGCGUCUCCAACGUAUUGCCCAUGUGGCGUCUCGACGCAAGUAUUUGGGCGCUGAUCUGAUCGAGGAAGUUCUAUACGAUAAUGAGUCGAGGGUCGUUGAUGGGAAGGAGACUCGUCCAAUGCAUCUGCAGACGGCGGAUAUGCGAAUGCCAGCUUAUAAGGCGAAGAACUGGGACUUGAUGGCCGUCUCGGGGGUGGUGAUGGGGUUGCUUGGUGGGGGCUUGUACUAUGCUGGACGGCUCGCUUGGAUCAAUCGCCGGGCUAUUAAUGGAUUUGUUGACGGUUUGGUUUGCAAAAUUUAUAAUUAGCUUCCUUUGUUACAAUGCUGAAAAAACUUACCAUAUCUAGUUGAAUAUUGAAGCAGAAUGAGUGUUUCGCUUCUCUAGAAAAUGUUGCGUGACGGAUUAGCAUGAACGCACCUUUCUGG